UUGACUCGGGUUGUGGGACAAACACCAGUGAUCGAACAGCGCCUGCAAAAACUCGAUGCCAUUCGGGAUUUGGGCAUUGAGCCUUAUCCAUAUCGCUUUGAACCCACGCACUAUUCUGUGGAUGUCAUCGCGUCUUUUGACACGCUGAACGCAUCGGGCGAAGAGGUGCGGGUUGCCGGUCGGUUGAUUGUUACACGCGGUCAUGGAAAAGCGGCCUUUGCCGAUUUGCGGGAUGCCAAGGGCCGCCUUCAAAUUUAUGUGCGGCUCGACAAUAUUGGCGACGAUGCUUUCGCGCUGUGGAAAUUGCUGGAUAUCGGUGAUUUUAUCGGCGUAUCUGGUCGAGUUUUUAAGACGCGCACGGGGCAAAUAUCCGUUCGGGUCCAAACACUCGCGUUGUUGACCAAGGCAAUUCGUCCGCUGCCUGUUCCAAAAGAAGAGAUACGCGGUGGUGAGCGCGUUGUACACGAUCAAUUUAGCGACAAAGAACUGAGAUAUCGCCGUCGUUAUCUGGACCUGGCCCUCAAUCCCGAUGUACAGGCGGUAUUUCGCAAACGCAGUGCUGUUGUAUCUGCGAUGCGCGAAUUUUUAGAUGCCCGCGGAUUUUUAGAAGUCGAAACACCGGUGUUACAACCGCUCUACGGCGGGGCUUCGGCCCGUGCUUUUGUGACGCAUCACAAUGUUUUGGAUAUGCCGCUGUAUUUGCGGAUAUCCGAUGAGUUGUAUCUCAAGCGUUUGAUCGUGGGCGGGCUUGAACGGGCUUAUGCAGAUUAUUCAGAUAUGAUGGCGAUAGCCGAGGCCCUGUAUGCCUUUGUCGCCGAAAAGGUGAAUGGCGCAACAACGCUUGAGUACCAGAAGCGAGAAAUUGAUCUUACGCCCCCUUGGCCGCGCAUUCCCAUGCUCGACGCCAUCGAAAAAUACGGGAAUAUUGAUGUGGCGUGUUCCUCAGAUGCCGACCUGCAUGCGGCGUGCAAGCGUUUUGGUUCCGAUAUUGAGCCAAGUGCAGAGCGCGGGUUGUUGAUCAACGAGUUGUUCGAAGCGUGUGUUGAACCUGAAUUGAUUCAGCCAACCUUUAUUACCGACUAUCCCAUUGCGGUGUCCCCCUUGGCCAAACGCCAUCGGACCCAAAAAGACCUCACCGAGCGGUUUGAAAUUUUUAUCAAUGGUUGGGAAGCGGGCAAUGCGUUUUCGGAACUGAAUGAUCCAAUUGACCAGCGGCAGCGGUUCGCGCAUCAAAAAACUUUGCGCGAUCGGGGUGACGAUGAAGCUCAGAUGCUCGAUGAAGAUUUUUUGCUUGCCCUGGAACACGGAAUGCCGCCGACGGGGGGGUUGGGCAUUGGUGUAGAUCGGCUGGUGAUGUUGCUCGCAGACGCGCCUUCCAUUCGAGACGCAAUUCUAUUUCCUCACAUGCGCCCUAAAGAGGGCCUUGACGACCAUGGAUGA